AUGUCGGUUAUUCUAGCAUCAGCAGGCUAUGACCACACAAUCAGGUUCUGGGACGCCCUCACGGGGGUGUGCUCGAGAACGAUCCAGCACACAGACUCCCAGGUGAACAGGUUGGAGAUCACUUCAGACAAACGAUUCCUUGCAGCAGCAGGGACCUUGUAUGUGAGGCUUUACGACAUAAGACAAGCCGGAAGCUCGGGAAAUGCCACAGCAGCAGCUUCUGCCACCAACAAUGGUAACGUCAAUGGCCAUGGCAACCAUAAUAACGGGAACAACAACCCAGUGAUGACGUUUGAGGGCCAUACCAACAACGUGACCUCGCUAGCAUUUCAAAUAGAGAACAAGUGGAUGGUGACCUCCCUGGAGGACGGGACCGUCAAGGUCUGGGAUGUGAGAUCCCCGUCCGUACAACGGAGCUACAAGCAUCAUUGCCCUGUGAACGAAGUGGUCAUACAUCCCAAUCAAGGAGAGUUGAUCAGUUGUGAUCAGGACGGAAAUAUUCGGAUCUGGGAUUUGGGAGAGAACCAAUGCACCCACCACUUGAUUCCCGAAGACGAUGUGCCCAUCAAUUCAUUGAGUGUGGCCAGUGACGGAUCGAUGCUUGUGGCAGGAAACAAUAAGGGAAACUGCUAUGUGUGGAAGAUGCAAAACCAGCGGGACAUCACCUCGCUCACACCUAUAACGAAGUUCAGAUCCCACCUGAAGUAUAUUACCAGAGUGCUUUUGUCCACCGAUAUGAAACAUUUGGCCACUUGUUCUGCCGACCACACUGCUAGAAUCUGGUCCACCCAACAAAACUUCAAUUUGGAGACCACUUUGCAAGGACACCAGAGAUGGGUGUGGGACUGCGCUUUCAGUGCAGACAGUGCUUAUUUGGUGACCGCAUGUUCGGACCAUUAUGUCAGGUUGUGGGACUUGUCAAAUAGCGAGACCGUCAGACAGUACAAUGGUCAUCACAAGGGAGCUGUGUGCGUGGCAUUGAAUGAUGUCUAA